AUGACAUCAGGCAAGAAAACUACAGGGCCUGUAGAAGGCCUCCCCAGUACGAUGACGGGCUAUGAGAGUGAUAGCACCCAGCUGGAAGCAGAGGACAAAUCAAUUUGCGGAUACCUGCGCCAAGAUAUUCGAGGUUCCAUGUUCACAGAACUUCAACUCGUUAUUCUGACAUUCUGCACCGGAAUGCAAGAUGCUACGACGUUCCCUGACUAUCACUGCUUUGCGUCCAACCAAACCGGCAAUACGGUCUUCUUGUGCUUGGCACUCAUCCUCCCGCAGUUGAACGGCGAAAUGUUCUUUACACCCAACAUUGGCAUGGCACUUGGUCUCUUCCUUGGAGCCGGUUGGCUCACCGGCCAGCUCAGUCACAUUAUCGGACCCCGAAAACGAUGGUGGUUAAUACUCUGUAACCUGGUCCAAUCGAGCUUCGUCCUUGGAGCAGCAGCGAUCCAAUACCAAUAUGGAAUCAAGUCACAAGGACCCCAGGCAUUGGCUGUCAUUGGAUUGCUAGCCUUUGCCGCCGGAAGCCAAGUUGUCCAAUCCAGAAGUCUGUCGAUGACGGAAAUCAGCACUGCCAUGGCGACUGCAGCGUGGGUUGACCUCAUGAUUGACCAGAAGCUUUUCGUGUUGAAGAACCGGCCUCGUACUCGGCGCAUAGCAUUUCUCUUGGCUCUCGUCGUGGGUACGCUUGUCGGAGCUGCGAUUUACAGAGAGGUAGGCUCAGCUACCGCCAUUGUUGUUUCGGGAGCUGGCAAGCUACUUGUGACGAUGCUGUACUUUUUCUCUCCCGCUGAAAAGGCCAAGAAGGAAAAGUCCCCUGCAUAA